UUUUCACCCUUAGAUUGCUGCUGUGGGUAUGACCACACAGUCCCUCUCCAAUACUGGUGAGGAUAAGCCUACCAUCAACCUUCCCCCGUACGACGAGCAAGGGAGACUACCAAGCAGGAAGCGGAGAUUCAGAAGGUCUCUCCCCGCACCAGCGGAUGGACAGGAGUCCAGGUACUAGGUGAAGCCGCGCGACUUCGUUGAAAACGACGCUGAAAUUCACAACGGUCCGGACGGCAUGGCCUCCACUGAUGCCCAUCUGACGCCCGAUGCUAUGGUUCCCAUGGACAUGACUCCUCCGGCAGACCACACAGAGAAUGCUCAAGUUCUUGAUAACCAGACGGAGACUUUCCGUUCUGAAGGCUGGAAGCGGUUCCGUGUCGAGCAGAAUCACACGGAAGGCGCCAACAGUACCACCGAGGCCCCAACCGUCCCACCACAUGUAGUUGGUGACGAGGAGGCAGAAGUGGCCCACGACUGGGGCUACACAACCGGAGAAAACCACUGCAACAACGUCCGAGUUCGUCGCCGCGUUUCCAAGGUACCCGUUGGCAUGACUCCUCCGGCAGACCACACAGAGAAUGCCCAAGUUCCUGACAAACAGACGGAGACUUUCCGUUCUGAAGGCUGGAAGCGGUUCCGUGUCGAGCAGGAUCACACGGAUGGCGCCGACAGUACCACCGAGGCCCCAACCGUCCCACCACAUGUAGUCGGUGACGAAGAGGGAGAAGAAGUGGCCCACGACUGGGGCUACACACCCGGAGAAAACCACUGCAACAACGUCCGAGUUCGUCGCCGCGUUUUCAAAGUUCCCUUCCCGGCGACAGACGACAGCUCCGCCACUAGGGUGACUCAUCUGGAGCCCAAGCCGAACUGCUCACUUUGACUUGACAAGAAAGUCAGCGGCGACGUCGACAGCAUGGGCACUGACCGCAAUGGUGCUAUGGGCAAUGUCUUCACGAAGAACUCUACAGACUUGAAUCUGUACUUGGAUGCCGUGCUAACAGACAUUAUGAAGAGCCACAAGAGAAAGCACUACCGUGGCCUGAAACGUAUCAAACGGAGCAAAGCCAUCGUCGUGCUGGCAGCAGUUGGUGUGCUGAUCGCUGGCUCUGUGGGACACGUCUAUUUGCGACAAAUUGUACCGUGAACGGGGCCCUUAUACUUUGAUCCACGCUAUGCUUAUCUGAGUUCUGAUAUACUGCUGAUGAAAUUAUGCCCCGCCAUAUCACCAAAGCACUGUAUCUACUUGAAUAAUUGGAUUUCGAGGCCAAUAUAGCUUCAUACACAUUCAAACUUUGUUUAUUUUAUCCUUAAAAUAUAUGGAACGUACCCGUGACCUGACCUUAUUUACAACCCAUGUUUCGUGCGAAACAAAAGCUGCAGUUUUCUUUUACAUCUUGUAUGGACAGGUCCUACAGACCUACAAUGUAAUUUCAUGCA